AUGCAACUUCUUUAGAAAGUCUUCCUGCACCAAUCAUAACUAUAUUAUUACAGCACUUCUCCAUUGAGCUUUAUUAUAAAACUUUGUCCCUUCCAUCUAUCAAGGAAAUCCACAAUUAUUAUUACUUUUACCUAAGUGAAACUACUUGAAAUAUCUUUGAAUGUUUUACUUGCUAGCUUGUUAGUGCAUCUCUAACUCUUAAUCACUUUUCUAUUAUUGCAAUUGAAAUGCUCAGCAUUACUCCAAUCUAGAGUUGAAUUCUCAAAUGUUUCCAAAGAGUAUAGCUGCCAUUGCUUCAGGUUGCCGAAGUAAAUGGAAUCCCCAAUGAUAAGGCUCUAAGGCUCAGUUGAGUUUAGAACUAGAUUUGGGACUAUUGUAUUCUUGUUGCUGUUUAUACAAAUCAAAUCUUUAGUUUCAGAUGUUAAUGGUUAUCUCACACAAAGAUGA